UAGUGCCUCGGGGGGCGGAAUGACUAGUGCAGUGAAGUGUGACAAGUUCCAAGAUGGCGGGUGUGUACAGUGAGUUUGUUUUUCCGGUUUUGAGCGGAAGGUUUUGAAUUUUUUGGGAUAGUCUGUGGUGUUUACGUCGGUUUGAAAUCGAACGGGAGUUGUGGUUAAUCAUUAUGAGUGUCACUCUUCAUACGGACGUGGGGGACAUUAAAAUUGAAUUGUUUUGCGAAUUGUGCCCGAAAGCGUGCGAGAAUUUCCUGGCAUUAUGUGCAAGUGAUUACUACGACAACUGCACAUUCCACCGAAACAUCAAAGGGUUCAUAGUGCAAACAGGGGACCCAACGCAGACAGGAAAAGGUGGCACAUCAAUUUGGAAUCGAAAAUUCGAGGAUGAGUUGAAGGAAGAGUUGAAGCACAACGCGCGAGGCUUGGUAUCAAUGGCGAAUAACGGGCCGAACACGAAUGGAAGUCAAUUCUUCAUAACUUACGCUCCCCAGCCCCACCUAGACUUGAAGUACACUUUAUUUGGAAAAGUCAUCGAUGGCCUGGACACCCUAGAACAACUGGAAAAGCUCCCAGUGAACCCGAAGAACUUCAAACCCCUGACAGACAUCAGAAUAAACAGCGUGACAAUUCACGCGAAUCCAUUAGCUGGAUGAUCUUAAUGUAUUCAUAUUUAUAUUUUGGAAUACAAAGUCUUUUGUUUUCAGGGUCAAAGGGACUGUGGAGGAACACUUCUGCUGGGUACCUCGUGCCCAUAACUUCCACCUCGUAUUUACCGGACUCUAGGAACUGUUUGGUUACUUUAUCACCACUGGGAUUUGAAAUGUAUCUGCAAAAAGUGUUCUCAGUCAUUAGAUUUUCACCAAGUCUGAGUGGUUGUUGAAGGAUUCAGUCGAAUUACUCACGCAUGGCCAAUACUAUUGUUGUAUACGUAUGAGUAAUCCCCUCGCCUGAGGUAUCCCACGAUUUCAUCGUCCCUGUAGACAGCCUCCAAGCCCCAGACUCUCACAGG